CUUCCUUUUCAACAUAACAUAUAUACAUGUGCAGUAUGCACAUAACUCAUAUAUACAUCAUACACACUCGCGAGAGCACGUUCCUUUUUCAUAACUAACUCUCAUCUCUUCAAUUCAUAUAUUAUCAACUCAAAUCCGAUCCUCGUUUUCCUCAGAGAACCAUCCGUGAUUAAAGAUGAUUGGAGAAUUCGUCAACAGUUGCUUAAUAUUGGUUCUAGGAUAUGCAUAUCCUGCUUUCCAAUGUUUCAAGACGGUAGAGAAAAACAGAGUUGAAAUUCCGGAGCUGCGGUUUUGGUGUCAAUAUUGGAUACUUGUUGCUAUUAUCACAAUUCUAGAGAGAAUUGGGGAUGUAUUUAUUUCAUGGUUGCCAAUGUAUGGAGAGAUGAAAUUGGCGCUCUUCAUCUAUCUAUGGUAUCCCAAAACUAAGGGUUCGGGAUACGUAUACAAAACCUUGUUGCGACCAUACGUAUCAAGGCACGAGACAGAUAUCGAUAGAAGUUUAAUAGAAUUCCGAGAGAGAGCAUGGAACUUAGCAAUCUACUAUUGGCAAAACUGCACUGAGCUUGGUUCCACCAAAAUCCUCCAAUUUCUUCAAUUUGUGUCUUCACAAGCUGGAAGGAGUGAGAAUCAGGGGAACCAACGACGUCCUAGCACCACUCCUGAACCCAGCGCACCGCCGGUGGGUUUCAUGAGAAAGAGCAAGCGGGGCCCACCACCUCCUCCAUCGGGAGGGUCCACCUCGUAUUUCAGCCAGGCGCCCGUGUCGGAGUCGAUCAAAGUGGAGCUGCACAAUGAGCACUUUAUUAGGCCUGAGGAUGUGAUUGUUUCUAAUUUGGACAUUGGUGGUGGGUCUAAAGAGAAAUUUGGUUUGGACAAGGAUGUUAAGACGACUAGGCAUAGGCUUAGGCGAUUCAUAGAUGGCAAUUAGGAUUUUAGUUAAAUUGAUGGCUAUGUUGUAAAAUAUGUGAGAUAACAUGUGCUGCACAGUUUAUUUAUUCAUUUUUUUUAACAUUA